CCGCUUUACUGUGGUCUGCCGGUUCUGUCUGUCGUUAAUUGAAAAGAUUGCCAUCGUCCAUUGUAUCUGGAAUCAUGUUCCUAACCCGCUCCGAGUAUGACAGGGGGGUCAACACAUUCUCUCCCGAAGGCCGACUGUUCCAAGUUGAGUAUGCAAUCGAAGCCAUAAAGCUUGGUUCAACAGCAAUUGGGAUCCAGACUGCAGAGGGGGUAUGUCUAGCAGUUGAGAAGAGGAUUACUUCCCCCUUGAUGGAACCUAGUAGCAUUGAAAAAAUUGUAGAAAUUGACGCGCACAUAGGUUGCGCCAUGAGUGGAUUAAUAGCAGAUGCAAAGACAUUGAUUGACAAAGCCCGGGUGGAGACACAGAAUCACUGGUUUACAUACAAUGAGACCAUGACAGUGGAAAGUGUUACACAAGCUGUUUCCAACCUAGCUCUGCAGUUUGGAGAGGAGGAUGCUGACCCUGGGGCAAUGAGUCGUCCAUUUGGUGUGGCUUUGCUUUUUGGAGGAGCAGAUGAAAAAGGACCUCAACUAUUCCAUAUGGACCCAUCAGGAACUUUUGUUCAGUGUGAUGCCCGUGCCAUUGGCUCUGCAUCUGAGGGUGCCCAGAGUUCUUUGCAGGAGGUAUAUCACAAGUCCAUGACACUGAAGGAAGCCAUUAAAUCUUCCCUCACCAUUCUGAAGCAAGUGAUGGAGGAGAAGCUGAAUGCAACAAACAUUGAGGUAUUUAUUAAUUUGUUAUCUGUAUAUUAUUUAUUAAAUGGCUGUAAUAACACAUCCCACCCAACAUGGGCUUCAUUCACUACUGCUUAUUUUUAACUUAUGUUUAUUGUUUUUAAUAAAUUACUACUUCUUAUUUAACAGUUUUUCUUAUUAAACUGUAGAAGAAAAAAUGAAUGGUCACCACAGGAUGUACAAUUGUCUUGUCACUUCAUAAUAUGUAGGAACUAAUUUUUUAUUAUUUUUAAUAUCACUUUUUGCCACCAAUCAUUUGGAGAAAUUAACCCUUAAAACGAAACAAAUUUACUGCCCCAGCUUAAAGGUAGUAAUAUCUAUUAGUACUGAUCUAGACCUUCUAAGAACAACAUCUGAGCAGCUGUUGAGCACUGUGAGAUAAACCGUUUUUAGGGGAAAAAUGAAGAACUUAAAAGUAUUUGUGUAUACAUGUGUGUACUCUUCUAAAAA